GACUACUUGGAAAACAAAAAACGGUUCACCACCCCACGACAUGACCAUGCACGAUAUCUCUGAUUCAGAAAAUGGUUGUUUGUAAAUUUUUCCUUCGAGGUGAAUGUAGAUUUGGUGAUCGGUGUCGUUUUGAACACACAAAAGGCGGUCAAGGAGGAGGAGGAGGUGGUUACCAGGGUUACGGAGACGGUGGAGGAGGUAGAGAUGGUGGAGGCUACGGAAGAGGGGGCGGGGGCUAUGAUCAAAGAGGAGGAGGGGGCGGGGGCUAUGAUCAAAGAGGGGGAGGUGGAGGUGGUUACAACCAACAAAAUAACCCUUUUGUUUACAUCAACAAAAACAGCAGUUCCUAUGACAAUAGGCAAGGAAGAUUGGACGAUGAUGGGCGUGGUGGGGGAGGCGGAGGGAAGAAACGCGUCCAGUUUAAAGACUCAUUUGGAACGAGCCAGAACCAGAACCAGAACCGCUUUAACGCUCUGGGUGCCGCCUCGGGAUUGGCUGAGAGUCACAGCGAUGUUCUAGAUACAAUCAAGCAUGACGUUGAAGAGUGGGAGGGCAGUAAGAUGUGGCCAUUUUCCAGCUACAAACCCAAAACAUCUCAAGGCUGCGUACCAGGGUUUGAGGACAUCUCGCCUGAAGAGAUCCGGUUCAUUGCGUACACUGCAGUGAAGGAGAGUAAAUUUGACCAACAUAAAGCAUCAUUUGCUGCUAUGGCUGAUAUUUACAAGAGGCAGAGAGACCAGCUAAUGAGCCCUUCGCAAGAAAUCACAUCCCAACUGACGGCUAUCUUCAACGGGGGUGGUCAAAUGCCACAAUCGAUCUUUGGGAUCACCGAGUCGCCAGUCAUGGCUAUGUACAAUCAUAGCACUUCACUCGGGUCAACAAGUCAAGGUUUUGGAGCCAGUGGAUUUGGAACCCAACCUUCCAGCUUUGGGUCCAUGUCUACAUCAACCGCCUCUGGAACAGGUUUUGGUGGCAAUGCCUUUGCAAGUGCUACACCUGGGUCCUUCGGUAGCGGCUUCGGAAACCAGCAGACACAAAAUGCAACCAGCACAGGUACAGGACUGUUUGGUAAGCCAGCAGCACCGAGUGAACCAACAGGAACAGGACUCUUUGGUAAACCUGCUACUGGACAGACAGCUGCUGCAGCGCCAUUCAGUGGCAGCAGUGGGAUAUUCGGUAGCAACAGUGCGACGGUUACUGACAGCACAGGCAAUGUAGGUCUCUUUGGAAAGCCUGCUCCAGCUGGGAACACUGCGUCUUCUACGAACGCCCAACCAGGUUUAUUUGGGAAGAACACGCAGGGUGCAUCGGGCGGUGCAUCGGGAGGAGCAUCGUCAGGCAACAAAGUGGGUGUGUACACACCUCUUGAGGAACUCACCGCAGAGGAGAAGGAACAGUUCCAGGCAAACUCUUUUACACUGGGAAAGAUCCCAACAAGGCCACCACCCCUGGAAUUGUGUAGAUGAUGACAGUCCUUUAUUGAAAGUGAAGUCUAUACAACAAGAGUAUAGCUCUCACACUAGACUGCAAAUGUAAAAUAUUCAUGAGUUAUUGCAAAGACGCUAUCAAAUGGUGACAUUUUCAAUUUAAAAGGGUCAACGUAUUCAUGUAAAUAAAAUAGUGGAAUGCUUGUUUGACAAUCAUGUAUUUGAAGCAACGGUGGAGACGGCCAAACAGCAUACUGCUCAAAAGGUUAGAUUACAUAGUGUGAGUGUCUACACAAACCCUCAUCUCAUUGUACAUUCACCGUACCAGGGAUAAGAAAUUGUAGACUUAACCAGAAUUCAGACUUGUGUAUACGUCUGCCUGGUUUACAGACACGACAAACAAAGAUAUAGAAAUCUUGCUCCUAAUUGGACACACUUCUCUAGCACUGGUCCUUAAAGCUCAUCAAAAUAUUUGACUCCGGGGGUUACUAAAAGAUGAAAAAUGCCAUCAUUUCAACGUACCUCCUGAAAUUUGGAUCCCAGUUUCAAACUCUUUUGGUCAACAUUAGCUCUCACCCCUGCCAUACAAACCUUCCGUCAUAUCUAUAUGUCCAAUUUUUUAAAAUUGUUUCCGAAAGACACCAAGUCACACUUUACCAUUAUGAGCAAGACUCGUAAACCAAUACAUUUGAUAAAUCAUGUUAUUAAGUUUUCACCUAAGUUUGAGUGAAGUACAGAAACUUUUAGUGCUUCUGCAUCCCAUAUCCAUCAAGGUCAAAGGGCAAGUUGGAUAUGGCAUGCGGAUAUCAUCAACAAAUAUUUUUCAAUUAACUUAAUAUUUUCUCUGGAAAACAAAUAUUGGGGUAAAUCACACAUUUAUUUUUAUUGAAGAAAUAACGACCUUUGUUGCAAGAUACAAAAGUUGGCGCAAAAUAAAUACAAUUUGUUGGUACAUAGUUUUGAUAAAAUUUGAAAAUACUCAGUUAAAGUUAUUGGCAGAUAUUAUAAUAUUAUGUUUAUGUACAAGUAACCUGAUUUUAAAUACAUCUUGUAUGAGUUUCUACAUCCAUGCUCAGAGUGUUAUUUUGUAUGCAUUGUGUUAGGAAGACGUGUGACAGAGUAAAUUAAGCUCCGCUUCCUUAAUGCAUUGACCAAUCACAAACACCGUCCAAAAAGUCCAGCAUGUUGGUGAUGUUGAUUGACAGUUGCUAUGGUGGGUAGGGCUCAAUUUAAUGGACUGAUCUAUUCGAGUUCACUACCAACAACAUACCCAUCUCAUGAAAUAUGUGCACAUUACACGUGCGCAUUAAAGCCAUAAUACACUUCCGGUACUGAAAUAAUUUACAGGGUUUACAGAAGGUAGUGUUGAAAGACUUCUCUUGAAAUAUUAAUCCAUGAAAUGCUUUACUU